AUGUUACGUGUAUCACGUGAGGACCUAGGAGAAGACGUGGAACUACUUGAUUAUUUGAGUGAUUCUACAGAUGUAGGUAAUAAUUCUGAAGAGUAUGUUAAUAACAAGUGUAUGGAAAUUGAAACUCCUUUGGUAUUGUCUGAGUCAUUUUCAAAAACUUUUGUUGUAGCAGGCCUUCCUAUUGUAAAAGCAGAUAAGUAUGAUCGUUUUGUAAGAGCAGUUCGUACAAUUAUGAAUCAAACUUUAAAAUUGAGACGUAUUGAAUAUAAUGAAAAUUUUUUAUUAGAAAUACCUCAAGAUGAAAAUGGGAAUACUUUAGGUUUUGGGUUAUUAACAUUCGAAAAUAAUUUCCAGGCUGAAGCUGCUUGUCAUGCAUUAUCAAAAGCUCCUUUUGAUAAACAAACAUGUUUAAUUACUUUUAUGUUUGAUGAUAUUGAGAAGAUUCUCAGUAAGGAUGAUGUAUCUACUGAAUAUUUACACUCUUUAUAUCCACCACCUUCAUUAUUUGCUAGAGAUGACGUUAGGGAUUGGUUAAUGGAAAGCAGAUGUAAAGAGAACUUUGUAAUUAGAUAUCAGAAUUCUACUGAAAUUUAUUCAUAUGAUUCUAUUCAAAGAAAACCGGAAUUAGUAUAUGAUGGUGAAAGAGCAAAAGAAGGGAAAAGAGUAUGGACUGACUUUUCUGUACAAUGGAGUCCUAUGGGAUCUUAUUUAGUAACUUUUCAUCGUCAAGGAGUUGCAUUAUGGAGUGGUGAUAAUUGGGAUAAAAAAGUUAGAUUUGAACAUAAGGAUGUUAAAUUUAUAGAUUUUAGUCCUAAUGAAGAAUAUCUAUUAACUUGGGAUGGUUCACCAUCAGAUACACGUUAUGAUAGAGCUAUUAGGAUAUGGCAUGUCUUAUCGGGAAGACUUCUUAGAUCUUUUUCAACUCCUUCAGUUUCUCUGAAAGGUAGUGAUAACCAAUUCUUUUUAUGGAGUCCUUCUGGUAAUUAUUUGGCUUAUUGUUCAGAUAAAAGUGAAUUAUUUGUAUAUGAAUCUUCUACAAUGAAUCUUAUAGAAGAACCAGAGACUGGUAGAAAAGCUCCUUUAAAAUAUGCAUUACAAUUUUUUGAUUGGUCACCUGAAGAGAAUAAUUUGUCAGUAUGGUGUCCUGAGAGAGGUGAUACUCCAGGACGUCUAACAUUGCUUUCUAUUCCAUCUAGAAAGGAAUUAGCUAUUAAGAAUGUGUUUAAUGUCCGUGAAGCCUCUGUUUAUUGGCAACCUAAGGGUCAUUAUAUGUGUUUAAAAGCUCUUGUAUCUAGAAAAGCUGGAAAGAAGGCAAAAAAAGAAUAUACUCAGUUGGAAAUAUUUAGGGUUAAAGAGAAGAAUAUACCAGUUGAUACUAUUCAUGUAGAAGGGGUAACUGUUCGUUAUUUUUCUUGGGAAUGUUCAAAUAGAUUUGCAAUUGUUGUUUCUGAUGAUAACACCCAUUCUCAAAGUCUUAGAUUUUAUCAAGUUAAUAGUACACAAACUGAUUUUGUUACUUCAUUUAAUUUAACAAAUUCAAUUGAUGUAAUUCAAUGGAGUCCAUUAGGAAGUUAUUUUGUUUUAGGAGGAUCUGGGGGUACUCUAACAUUUUGUCAACUUACAAGUGAAAAUAAAUUUGAUAUUUUGCAAAAAGAUGAACACUUUAUGUGUAAUUUAAUACAAUGGGAUCCUACUGGAAGAUAUGUUACAACAGCUUUUCAGUCAAAAAUUGCUGAAGGAGCUUAUAAAUAUAGUACUGAAACAGGGUAUACUAUCUGGUCUUUCCAAGGAAGACAAUUAUACAAUUCCCCAUUGGAAAUGUUUUAUCAAUUUAUUUGGAGACCUCAUCCACCUUCACUUUUAUCACUAGAGAAACAGGAAGAAAUACCAAAGAAGCUUAAAGAUUAUAGCAAGAAAUUUGAUAUUGAAGAUGAAGCUAUAAAGUCUGAAAGACGUAAUGCAAUAUUAAAUAAGAGAAAGAAAAUUGAAGAUGAAUUUAAUCAAGUAUUAGAAAAGAUUCAUAUUUGGAAGAUUCAACAACCUGAAUAUCAUGAAUGGCUCUUAUCUAAGGAGGCUCUUAUUAAUUCAUUCCAAUGGGAAGAACAGGAGGAAGUUAUUGAAGUUGAAAUAGAAACUAUUCAAGAGUUAAUUGCAACAGACAAUUAG